CGGAAUUUUAAUCAUAUACAAAAUUUUGUUUACGUUUUUGGGUAAAAAAAAUUUUAGGCUUGUUAUUGUUGUUUUUUCUUUUUUUGUCUUUUUUUUUUUUUUUAUUCUUCAGCCCUACUCUCUCAUUGCCCUUCAUUGAAUUAUAUUUAUCUUGAAUGGAACGUAAAUCACGCUCAUCUAGACCAUUAGAAGAUGGUCAUGAGGAAUUAAACCUGUGGAAACAAAUUUGUCAGCUCCUGGUCAAGUUGGAAGGAAUACAAAAGGACGAAGAAAGUAUUUUAAACAGUAUAAAUAAAAUCCAAUUAUCCGUCAACGCGGAACAAGGUAUUACUUUAUUGGUCCAGCAAAAGUUAAAAGACACGUAUCGACGUGGUAUCGAACUUUCCUCCAACGAAUACAAGACAAUUGGAGAUAUAAUUGAGAAAAUAUCUGUGCUAGUUGCAUUAAGAGAUAAUGAACAAGACUACAAGAGAAAGAAACGCAGAUUAGAAAUAGAAUCAAAUAGCACCACUCACAGCAGCAAUAGCAGCACUCACAGCACAAUCAAUGGCAGUGGAUCGUCCCAUAUUAUUACACGAGGCACCACUGUAGCUGCUAGACAGCCCAAAGAAAAGGACAAGAACGAAGAAUGGAUUCUUGCUGUGGUCUUACAAUACCAUCCCGACAAGAACAAGUAUCAGGUGGAGGAUGUGGAUCAAGACGAUUAUGGAGAAAAACAACGUUACAUGUUACCACCACGUUAUGUGAUUCCUGUAAAGAGUUCUGAAGAAGCAAAAUUAUCACCUGAAAUACCCUCUCGCCAAGAUGUAUUAGCCUUGUAUCCCGGUACCACUUGUUUCUAUAAGGCUACCGUCAUUGCCCCUCCUAGCAAGAGCAAGGAAAUCAAGAAUUAUAGAGUUCAAUUUGAAGAUGAUAAUGACGAGGUGAAAUACAUUAUGCCUGAACAUGUCAUUGAAAUGCCUAAAACAAAAUAAACAGACAUAUAAAAAAAAAACGCAGGACGUUUUUUUUUUUUUUUUAUUUUAUUUUCCUAAUAGCCACCUGUUUGUGCACUCUUUUUCAAUUUGUACACUUCCCCUUUAUGCGUGACG